GACCCAGUAAUGGUAAACCCCAACUCAUUUAACACACUGAAGGUGGUGCUACGAGAAACUGGCAAGGCAACAGGGUGCAAACGUUAUACUCACAAUGAUGUUAAAAGGCAGUGGUUGAAUGUAUGUUUUGAUGGCCUCCCCUACGCCUUAAAAAUGAAGAUUGUCUUCAAUUUUGUAACAUGCAGUCUCUGUCAAAUGGAACUUGAGGACAUGGAUGACCUAAACUCCCAUAUGGAAGAACACCAUAUUCUGGAGGAUGAUAAGUUUUUCAAGGAAUUUGAUUUGAAUCUGCUCAGGGUUGGUGAUGGCCACUAUGAAAUGAACUUGAUAAAAUCUCAUGAAUGAAUGAAUGGAGAUGUUUCGUAUCAAACCUUUCUCCAUUUAUGCUUUGUUUAGCUGAAAGAUGUAAUUUGAAUUAAUUAACUGAGGUAAUUUGAUUUCUAAUUCCAGAGGCAGAAAGCACAGAAAGCUCAGAAACUUUGAACCCAAAACAAUGUAAGUAUUCUUCACCAACUUCUACUUUCUUGUUUCAUCAUAUACAAUCUAUUUGAGUAGUAGCACUGUUAUAAUGGUUGCAUUUGUUUUUU